UGUUCGUUUCCCUGAUGUCGAACUCUAUCGAGAGAGUCGCGAUACGACAUACUAAAAUAUAAUGACGUGAUUAAUUUUAUGUGAUCUGUGUUUUGUUAAAACUUCAUUUAAUAAAUUUGACCUGCUCUUGACACCUAGGAUGUUUUUAAAGCAAUGGAUGUUUCGUACAAAAUAUUUUAAAAGUUUACUUUUUUGAAUAUGUGUUGUAAUGUAAUGUUUCUACAGCUGAAAAUAAAAGUAACUGUCUGUGUGAUGUGCGAGUUAUCGAUAAGUGUAUCAUAAUGUAAUUAAUGUGACCAUGUGUGUGACGUGGAUCCGGUUGUUGGUGAUGCUCGCUGCUAGCUGGGCUCAGGAAGGUGAAUGGAGCGAGGAUGCUGAAGACUUGGUGUCAACAAUGGACGUUGACGCAGUACUCGGUCGAACGGCGUCACUGCCUUGUGACGUCACACCGGAAGCUAACGAGGACCGAGUCUAUAUGGUGUUGUGGUUUCGAGCUGGAAAAAGCACUGGAGGAAAGCCUAUAUAUAGUUUCGACGUCCGCGGCCGCUCUUUCAACAAAGCUCUCCAGUGGUCCGAUCCUAAAGUAUUCGGACCCCGGGCGUACUUCGCCACGGUAGCACGACCAGCGUCUCUGACCCUCGACACAGUACAGCUAGAUGAUGAAGGUGUAUACCGAUGCCGUGUCGACUUCAAGAACUCACCCACGAGAAACUUUCAAAUACGGCUUUCUGUUAUAGUGCCUCCCCACCAGUUGAUACUGUACGACAAAUCGGGUCGGGACGUCUCAGGUGUGGUCGGUCCGUUAGAAGAAGGAAACGAGCUUGUGCUUGUGUGUGAAGUCAGAGGAGGUCGACCAGCCCCAACGGUUGAAUGGUUGGUUGACGGCGUGCCGGCGCCACAGUUCAUCGGAGAGAAAACAGACACACACGUGGUUGUAAAUAAACUGGAACUUCCACAUUUGAAAAGAUCUCAUCUGAAUACCACGUUCAAAUGCCGAGCGUCAAACACCAAUCUCGUCAGUCCUCAAGAGAAGUCAGUUAGGUUAGAAAUGAAUUUGAGGCCAACUUCGGUUCAGAUAGUGAAGAAGCCUCCGACAUUAUCUUCUGAGCGAGGCGUCAGCUUAUCGUGUGUUGCCGAGGGUAGUCGCCCUCCCGCCGAACUCACUUGGUUCAAGGACAAUAGAAUAUUCUCUCGUGGAAAGGUAACAGAGUCUUCAAACGACACCUGGGUUAGCAGUACAAUAAAAUUCACGCCACUAGCCGAAGACGACGGAGGUACAAUAAAAUGCCAAGCCGACAAUAGCGCCCUUCCCGGACAGAGUAUUGAGGACUCCUUUAAAUUGGAUGUUGUGUAUCCCCCUGUAGUAUCAUUAUCGCUGGGAAGUACCCUCAAUCCUAAUGAAAUUAAAGAGGGCGAUGAUGUAUAUUUCGAAUGCUCCGUUCGUGCCAACCCCAAAGAACAUAGGAUUUCAUGGUACCAUAACGAUAAGCCAGUCGUCCAUAACGUUGUGCUGGGUGUGAUAGUAAGCACCAAGUCGCUGGUGCUGCAGAAGUUAACGAGAGACCACAGCGGUGACUACUCCUGCAGAGCUGCCAAUACUCUUGGAGAGACAACCAGCCAGCUCACAUACUUGAGUAUUCAGUAUGCUCCCGUGUGUACACAUUCAUCGCCUCAAGUUCUAGGAGCACAGCUUGAUGAAACGCUGCGGGUUCGAUGUUCAGUGACUGCCAAUCCUCCGGAUGUUACAUUCUUCUGGCAGUUCAAUAGUAGCGGAGAAAGCCUCGAUGUUUCACCAUCAAAAUAUGGCAAGUAUUAUACUGGUACAGCAAAUGGCAGUACAAGCGAACUAAGCUACAAACCUCAAAGUGAACGCGACUACGGCGCAUUGAGCUGUCGUGGAAGCAAUUCCGUCGGCAGACAACUUGAGCCUUGCGUCUUCCAAAUUGUGCCAGCUGCUCGACCUGCACCGCCACGGAACUGCUCGCUCCAAGCUGGUGUGAAUGGCACCGAGGCCACGGGCAUCCUGUUCUUAAGAUGCGUGGCUGGUUAUGAUGGUGGCCUACCCCAGUCAUUUGUACUGCAAGCCCUGGAUCCCAUAACUAAUAACAAUAAAUAUAACAUCACAAUCAAUGAUACUGAUGGCCUUGUAACAUUUAAAUUAGAUCUCUCACAAAUAUCUGGUAGAAAUAUAGAGGGUGCCACUUUCAAUCUACUUAUUUAUGCAAAAAACUUAAAGGGUGAAUCUGAGAAGACGCUCUUAGAGAAUAUUGCAUUCAACGACGCCGCAAGAAGAACGGAUGGCAAGAAUACUAUGGCUGGGGCAACACUUGGUAUAUUAGUUGCUGCAGCAUUAGGAUUAGCGUUGGCUGCUGGUGGCAUAGCGUUGGUCGCUCUUUGUGCCCGCAGAAAACGUGCUCAACCUCCAAAUAAACAUCCCCCAGGAGACAUGCUUGAACUAAGCGAUGGUGGCAGAAGAUAUGUAGUUGCAUAUACCAUUAAAUCAUCACCCGACUCCAAAACACCAGAACCUCAACCGGACAUUUUAAAUGCACCAGAUGGGGAAUGUCAAAAUAUAGCUCCAAUAACAUCAGCAUCGGAAGAAUGGCCUAGUAAAAGAGAACUUACUGGUGAGUGGAACAAGACGGGGGUGAUGUUCUGCGCUGAAGAUCUGGCUCUUUUAGAUUCAGCAGGUCGUCCACAGAAUCUAACAACUGGAUGUGAUUCAGCAUCAACCACAGAAGAGGAUGUAACGACCCAGAAUUUAUCACUAUCCAACAAUUUUAGGCCUAAUUUAAGUCCGACACUAGGUAGCCCAAAUUUUGUAUGCCCUAAUGGAAAUAUGGGUUCACCUUUUGGCAGCCAAACAUUAACGUUAAGUGGACCAACUUUAAGUUCAGGAAGUUUAUCGACCUCAACGCUGAGGAAAGGAAAAUCUAAUGUUAGAAGAAGGGAGCACGUUUUAGCAGAAAACUUACCUGGUCCUGAAAGUUGUGUUUGAAUAAUGAUUGCAAUAAACAACUUUAUUUGGCCUAAUUAUUUUAAUAUAUUCUCUUUUUGACUUUUUCGAUAAAAUUUACAAGGUACAGUGUUUCUAUAAAACCACUUCACAAAAUGUUAUGUUUUAUAAUUCAUUCCUUGAUGACGUUAGGACUUAAUUUUCUUUGCCAACUAUUGUGAAUAAUUUAUUUAAAAUUAUCUAGAUUCAUUCUUACAUUUGUAUAUAAUAUAAAUUUUGGCCAAAAUACUCGUAUUUGUGAAUUCCACUUAGACAAUACAAAUUUUCCUAUAGUUAUAUAGUAUUUUAGUGAAAAGUUCUUUGUAAGUCCGUUUUAUUUUAGAGCUUUAAUUUAAAUUGUUGCUCAAUGAUUGUCGAAUAUUAUAUAUGGCCUGUAUUAAGUGAUACUACGUACUUUGCCUAUAAGACAAAUUUUUAAAUAAAAUCUGAUAAUGACAAAUAUUUACUUUUUGCAAGGGAAAUGAAAAUAUGUUUGCAAAAGAGGCAACCCUAUAUCCGCUUUGUUUUAUUUUCAGCAUAAGUUAUUCUAAGAUGUCACUACUGUAAAAUCUGUACAAAUGUAUAUAAAGCUAGGUCAAUUGAUAUAAUUUAAUAACUUCCAAUAUCUUUGAUAUAAUUGCUAUAAAAUAGUUUAACCGAAACGUGAAGAAAUCUAUUCAAUGAAAGGGUUGUGUGUAAAUAUAAAUUAAUGUUGUAUCAUGGACGAGUAAAUAAAGAAGGACUCCAUGUCGUGAUAUUAGCAAGUGAAGCACCGUUAUCCUAGUGUGUGUGCGGUUACGGGGGAUAAUAGUUACACAAUUUUUUCUCCCUUAAAUAAUCAUAUAUGGCCACAAAUACUUAUAUAGUAUCGUUUUUACACUUUUUCACCACACACGACGGCAUUUUUAAAAUAUUUUAUCGAGACGCAAACUGAUCUGUCCCAGACGAUGACAAUUCUCAUAAUGGCCGCGUAUCGGCAUGUAGUAGUGUAAGUGUGUGCGUGGGGCUAUGUAUUUACUCGUUUAACGGCUUGUUUUGGUGCUACACUGUUAUGUAAGGUGACACGGAUUCCUUAUUUUUUUACUAGUCCGUAUUUUGUAUAGACAAUGAUUUUUUUGUAAAAUAGGAUUAUAAUAGCUUUUGCUUUUCGUUGGGCUGUUGUAAAUAUUAUAUAAAUAUUUUAAGUAGUGCAAUUAUAGACAAAUGCCUAAAUGUUUUAAUUUGUGUUAAGUCUAUAAUAGAGUUUAAUGUCAUGUCGUGUUGUAGAGCAGUGAAUUUUUAUGCGGCCCUUACUAACUAAUGAUAAUUUUAUAUUCAGCAAUAAAUUAAAGUUUCU